GAUUGCUGCUGUCCCGUCUGCCUGCGAACUCGCUGGUGAAGGGCAUCUCUCCUGGUCCUCUCGAGAAAGCAGCAUGGCUGACACGUUCAUCAGGAACUGUAUCAGGGAUGACAAAGUAACCCUGUUCAUAAAGUCAGGCUGCUCUUACAGCAGGAAUGCCCUGGACCUGCUCAAGAGUUUUACCUUCGUACCCGGAGGCCUGCAAGUUGUGGACAUUACUGCGAGGGAGGACGUCCAGAACUACUUCAAGCAAAGAAUGGGGCAAACAAGCACCCCGCACGUGUUCAUUGGGAAACACUGCGUCGGAGGAUUUUCCGACCUGCAGAGCGUGUGCUGCGACCUCCCCAGAAUGCUGCAGCAGAUCGGCGCCCUGCGCUAGAUGAAGGGAGAAGGAUGACCGUGAGCUGCGGCCUCCCCACUGUGAAACGCGCGCUUCUCGGAGCAAAUUCCUUGCUACUGCCUCUCGCGAGAUGAAAUGCAGCUCUUUGGCCAAUGCAGCUUCUUUUCCUCUCCUUGGUCAAUGCUCCGACACGUUAACAGCUCCGCACCUUUUCUGCAGCUCUGGGAAGACGUCCAGACGUGAUCUGAUUCAGCUCAAUAAAGUACGCUUGCUCUCA